AUGACGGCGGUGACUGCGUUGUUCAAACGCGUGAAGGAGACGAUAGCUGAGCGUAUAUUAGUGAAGUCGUGGCUGGACGACGAGACCAGGACGCAAGCGUUGCAGAAACUAAAUUCCUUACGAGGUCGAUUUCACGUGUCGCCUGAUUUCUACAAUGGCACCUUGCUGGCACAUGAGAUGGCCGAGGUCGUAAUUGACUCAGACGACUUUAUUGCCACUGUCCUGAGAAGGUUCCGUCAGAUGCGAAGCUUACAAGACCCAAGUCCGUUACGAAGAAACGCAAUAAUUAGAUGUCAUUACCCUUACUCCGUACACGCCUACUACGAAUCCUCCACAAACACCAUCGGAAUUCCAUUGGCAAUGAUGACAUCCUGGGCAUGGUCGUGGGACGGCGGACCGGCUUUUGCGGUGCACGCUACGCUAGGAUCGGUCAUCGCGCACGAGAUUCUCCAUGCCUUUGAUUUUCACCGUCGUAGACUGCCCAUGGAGCCGGACCGAGAUGUCGACGAGUUGCUUCGCGUCACGCCGAACUCCUGGAAGCGAUUGGAAACCAGGAUAGAAUGCGUCGCACGACUUUACGCCAGGAGUUUCUGGCGGAAGGUCCAGUCUUACGGGAACGACGUUGCCGUACAAUUCGAUUGGAACAUGACGAAAAACGAGAACGUCGCGGAUAUCGGUGCUCUGCAAAUUGCUCACAAGACCUGGUACACCUUGACGAACGGGAAGGACCGGAGCCUCCCCGGAUUAGAAGGACUCCGUCCAAGUCAGCUCUUCUUCAUAAGUGCCGCACAGGUACACUGUGUUAAUACGACUAUCGAGGCCUACGUUUUCUCGGUCGAGUCCGACUAUCAUUCUCCUCACCCUGAAAGAAUCAACAGUGUAAUGAUGAAUUCUCAAGCGUUCGUAGAGGCGUUUCGCUGUCCACUCGGAACAAAAAUGAACCCCCCGAAUAAAUGCACUGUCUGGUGAUCGUACGCAUUCAUCGAUAUACGAAUAUAUAAAUUGUGCGUGUAGCAGGCCGUCUAUACCUCGCUUAAUUUUAUUUCGCAGUUACAAUAUACGAUUGUAAAUAUAUUAUUUUAAGAUCGUAAUUCGCAAUGGGAAUUAAAGCUACAGGAGAAUGGGUAUUUGCCCCUUUACGCGAAAACUAAACUAAUACUUAAUCCAUUAAGAACCAUAAUUACAAAGAAUUUAAUCACAAUUUUUGUUCUCUUUAAGAAAGCUUUAAUACUAGAAUCAUUAAACAGAUAAUUCUUAUUAAUCUUACGCUUGAAAAAUCGCAUUUUCUUCUUGAAAGCUUGCCUUACAAAUUAGAUUUAAGAUAAAAGAAAUCAAAAGUGUUCUGGCGUUCAUUCAUUUUUUAAAUCUAUGACAAACAUAAAAAUAUA